AGAGAUAAAAAGUCAAGAAGAAAGACACGAGAGGCGCAGCGGCAGAGAGGAGGCCGGUGGAGCGGAGGAACAGCAACAGGUCGACAGACAGGAGGAGGAGGAGGAGCGCAGCGGCUCCUUCCUCACUGCAGCUUCGUUUCUGAGUCUGGAAACUUCCUGGAAGCGGAGCUGCGCUCUGAGCUGGGAGGGUUAGGACGAGGAAGGAAGUGGAGGAAGGAGCUCCCGCUCCUCCCCGCCGAAACUCGCACAAGACUUUCAGCUUCCUGGAGUGAAGUGAAGCCCGGAGGAGGCGCACUUCCUGUGCGCGCGCGCGGAGAGCUGUCAGCGCAGAGCCGCGCGCCUGUGAGGAUGGCCGGACGCCGCGCGGACCGCCUGAGCGCCGCGCGGACCCCACAGCAGCAGCAGCAGCAGCAGCAGCAGCAGCCCCGCCUGUGAGCGCGCGCGCGCUCGGAGCCCAGCUCAUGGAGGAGCAGUCCGCGCUGCUCGCGGCGGAAGAGCCGCUCGCCCCCACCUCUGCUCCGGAGCUGCCUUCCGCGGCCCCGCCGCAGAACAGCAGGACCUUCACCGGCCUGAGAAUCUUCUGCAGGAGGAAAGCCAUCGCAAAGUCUGGCCUGCCGCACAUGGCAACCCAGCCCAAUGUGUCGACGUCCGGGCAGAGCGACUUACCGCAGCUCAACAGCACCAUCGACUGGAGCGAGAACGCUCAGUACGGGGAGCACAUUUGGUUUGAAGCCAGUGUUUCUGGAGACUUCUGUUACGUCGGGGAGCAGUCCUGCAUCGCCAAAUCUCAGCAAAAGUCUGCGGCGAGGAAGAAGUGUGCUGGUUGUAAGAUAUCUGUGCACGUCUCGUGCAUGGAGCAGCUGGAGAAGAUUAACUUCAGGUGUAAACCGUCGUUCAGGGAGCCGGCGUCUAGAGCCGUCAAAGAGGCCAGCGUCGUGCGACAUCACUGGGUCCACCGCAGACGUCAGACCGGGAAGUGUCGGCAGUGCGGGAAGGGCUUCCAGCAGAAGUUCUCAUUUCACAGCAAAGAGAUUGUGGCCAUCAGCUGCUCGUGGUGCAAGCAGGCGUACCACAACAAAGUGACGUGCUUCAUGCUGCAGCAGAUAGAAGAGUGCUGCUCUCUGGGGGCUCACGCUGCCGUCAUCAUCCCCCCCACCUGGAUCAUCAGGGUGCGCCGACCACAGACCUCUCUGAAGUCCAGCAAAAAGAAGAAACGGACGUCGCUGAAGUGCAACAAGUCGAGCAAGAAGGGAGCAGAGCUCCAAGAUGGACGAUGGAAGCCCUUCCAGGUGAAGCCCCUCCCCUCACAGCUCAUGAAGCCUCUGCUGGUGUUCGUCAACCCGAAGAGCGGCGGCAAUCAGGGAGCAAAGAUCAUCCAGUCCUUCAUGUGGUACCUGAACCCCCGACAGGUGUUUGACCUGACCAAAGGAGGACCCAAAGAGGGCCUGGAGUUGUACUCCAAAGUGCCUAACCUGAGGAUCCUGGCCUGUGGGGGGGACGGCACGGUGGGCUGGAUCCUGUCCGUGCUGGACCAGUUAAAUCUCCGGCCUCAGCCGCCUGUGGCCAUCCUUCCUCUGGGAACCGGCAAUGACUUAGCAAGGACGCUCAACUGGGGAGGGGGAUACACGGACGAACCAAUCACAAAGAUCCUCUCGCAUGUGGAGGAUGGAAACAUCGUCCAGCUGGAUCGAUGGAACCUGGAGGUGGAAGCAAACCCAGAGGCGCGGCCCGAGGAGAAAGAAGAACAUCAGACUGAUAAGCUACCAAUUGACGUUUUCAACAACUACUUCAGCCUGGGCUUCGACGCUCAUGUGACUCUGGGCUUUCACGAGUCUCGAGAAGCAAACCCUGAGAAGUUCAACAGCCGCUUCAGGAAUAAGAUGUUCUAUGCGGGGACGGCCUUCUCAGACUUCCUGAGCGGCAGCUCCAAAGACCUGGCCAAGCAUAUCAAAGUGGUGUGUGACGGCACCGACCUGACAGCCAAAGUCCAGGAGAUGAAGUUACAGUGCCUCCUAUUCCUUAACAUUCCCAGGUACUGUGCUGGCACCACGCCGUGGGGCCACCCCAGUGAACAUCAGGACUUUGAACCACAGCGUCACGACGACGGCUGCAUUGAGGUUAUCGGCUUCACCAUGACGUCUCUGGCCACGUUACAAGUGGGUGGUCAUGGUGAGCGCCUCCACCAGUGUAAGGAGGUGACCCUCACCACCUUCAAGUCCAUCCCCAUGCAGGUGGAUGGUGAGCCCUGCAAGCUGGCCCCAUCCGUCAUCCGCAUUAGCCUGAGGAACCAGGCCAACAUGGUCCAGAAGGCCAAGAGGAGGAUCUCCAUGCCUCAUCUCAACGAUCAGCAGCCUGUUCCUGAGAAGCUGCAGAUCAGAGUGAAUCGGAUCAGCUUGGCAGCGUACGAGGCUCUGCAUUACGACAUGGACCAACUGAAGGAGGCCUCGGCGCUGCUGGGAGUGAUCACCGUCCCCGGAGACAGCGACCUGGAAACUUGUCGUCUGCACAUCGAACGCCUGCAGAACAACCUGGAGCAGGGUGUAAGUGGGGAUGUGGUCAAAAGUGACAAAGAUCAAGAAGAAGAAGAGGAGGAGGAGGAGAAAACCCGACCAGAGCAGACUCCGUGUCAAGCUUUAAAGGAUGAAGUCGAUCUGAAGCAGGACAGCCCGUCUUCUCAAAAACUCUCUUCAAAGUGGUGUUUUCUCGACUGUACGACUGCGGAUCGCUUCUACAGGAUCGACCGCGCUCAGGAACACCUGAACUAUGUAACGGAGAUCUCUCUGGAAGAACUUUACAUCCUGGACCCGGAGCUGGUCGUCAAGGAGACGGUGGGGACCUCCCCCAGCAUGCCAGACCUGGUGGACUCAGAAGAGCAGCAAGAACAGUUCGCCUUCCCGUCCUCCCCACCCUCCCCUACCUCCGCCAGCAGAAUGGUUGAUUGUCAGAGAAGAAGGAUUUCCAGCGACAGUGCAAUGAGCAGCGUUUUGACCCCGACCUCCCCCAAGGUUCCCCUCUGCAGGAGAGGAGCAAAGAUUAUCAAUGUUCACCGCUCCAACACCACUCUGGCUGCUUUCAGUUCCGUCAUUAGAUCCUCCACGGCUACCUCUCAGGAUGCUAAAGAAGAUGGAGAGCUGAUCAGCUCCAUUAAGGACAAGAACCUGAGCAAGCUGAAGGAGCUCCACCAGCAGGGAGCGGACCUCCUGCUGCAGGACCCGGAUGGCUGCACGCUGCUGCAUCACGCAGUGGAGGCCGGAGACAAGGACAUCGUCAAGUACCUCAUCGAAAACGUGCCCACGUCCCACCUUGACGCCGCAGACACCGAGUCAGGAGCCACGGUGCUUCACAAAGCUGCUGCCAGCUGCCAGAGGAGCAUCUGCCACUUCCUGGUGGAGGCGGGGGCUUCGCUCAUGAAGACCGACCUGCAGGGUGAAACUGCCAAAGACCGCGCCGCCAAGUCCAACGACCAGGAUCUGGCUGCUUACCUGGAGAGUCGCCAACAUUACCAGAUGAUCCAGAGAGAGGACCAGGAGACGGCGGUCUGACCCGGCAGCUGGUCCAUCCGACCCCCCCGACCUGUACCAGUCCUGUCUUUUAUUCGUUCAUUCCACACAGGACCAGGAGAAAGAGGCAGAUUCCCUCACGGACUCCUUUGUUUGCUCUGCUGGACUCAGGAAGCUCCAGGAGCAGAUGGUAGUUUUUAGUUUUGUGUCUGCGGCUUCGUUCUGGAUCCGGCUGCUUCAGAGUGGCCUGGAAGAGCUUCUGCGUUUGAACUGAGGAGCCUCUGGACACUAAAACUUUCUCAAACUAGUUUUUAUCUCCAGACUACGGAUGCUCAGGUCGCCCGUGUCGGGGCGAGGCGGCGCAGAGGAGCGGCGAAGCCUUGGCGCGCCUGCGACUUUCCUGUCCGAGCUGCUGCAAAUGCCUCUUCUGUGGAGCUUCUGUGACCUCUGACGUGUUUGUGUUCUGCUCAGAGACGAGUGUUGCGUAUUUAACAUAAGCAGUGAUGAGUUAAGGUAUUUAUGAUCGGUGCGUAGAGAUAAUCGCGCUGCUUCCGGACAGACGCCUAGAAGAGUCCCUCCUGUCUGGAGUCCCACAGCCGUGCGGGACGCUUUCGUUGUGGCCUGUAAAUAUCUGCGACUCCGUGUUUGAAGAGGUUUUGCCAAAGCGACGAGCAGUGAGCUUCUGCAGCGCCGGGAUGAGAUUAUCAUCACUGCUUGGUUUUACUUGUUGCAGUUGUUUGGUUUCACCUUUUCUGAAAAACCUGCAAUAAAGCGCCGCAGCAGCAGCAGCUGUCUGAGCAAAGCCCAU